GUGGUGCAGACAGCCGUUAGCUCGCUCGCGAUAUUGCUUGAAAUUAUUUCUCAUACCACUACGUCGUGCUAGUGAACGUCUUGACGACCGUAAAGACGACGAAGUUUAACGGUGCUAACUAUGACGACGACAUUGAUUCUCACCACGUUUCAAGUAUUAAUAACAAAAAUUUACUCAACAUAAACUUACUUCUGACGCCGUUGAGUCCCCGGUUUUCUUCUCAUGGGUAUAUCCUUCAACCGUGAACAUCCGUACUUUGAUGAUGCAUGUAGUGCUAGUGUAUCUGUGGUGUUUUAACAACUGAUAACUGAGCAAAUAUCGUUUCCAUCUUCUCAAGUAUUUUACCAGUCACCUGAAAAAUUUAAGUGUAUUACAAGAUCAUAAUUCUAUACACAUAAUUUAAUCUCAAAUACUUUUAUUAUUUUUUUCUGAUUUGUUCAUCUGUCGUCUGCAAUGGUUUACUCCACCCUGGAGCCUUGUGGUGAAUGAAUAGCCUAGUGCAUCUGGAAUAUCGCAAUUGCGAACAGGACAAAGUGAGUACGUUACAAAAAGGUCUAUCAAAUUUCCACAACGCGUCACGCGGGAGUAGUGGGUCUAUGGGGGGCUCCGCCACAUCAGCGGACCCCCUGUUGCAAUUCAAGCCAUCACGGGGUAAAUUGUUGGAACGAAUCUUCUGGUGUCCAGAGACGUACUCCUGGAACACUAACUUCUACACCGAAUUCAACAACUACAAUCCUUGGGGCCAAACAAAUGAAGAGUCCCUCCGGUAUCAUGAGGCAAUCCAGCCUCACUAAGCUUGGAUCCAUGAUUAAUACUGCUGUCAACAAGAGAACUGGUAAUGGUGACAUACAGUGGUGUUUCUCUCAAGUGAAGGGAACUCUAGAAGAUGAUGUCACUGAUGCUGAUAUAAUCUCUUGUGUGGAAUUUAAUCAUGAUGGCGAUCUCCUUGCGACAGGAGACAAAGGCGGGCGAGUUGUUAUUUUUCAACGAGAUCCCAUUAGUAAAAAUAGUAUACCACGAAGAGGAGAGUACAACGUGUAUAGCACAUUUCAAAGUCAUGAGCCGGAAUUUGAUUACCUUAAGUCACUGGAAAUCGAGGAGAAAAUAAAUAAAAUUAGAUGGUUAAAACGCAAAAAUCCAGCGCAUUUUUUACUGUCAACAAAUGACAAAACAAUCAAACUUUGGAAAGUUAGUGAACGAGAUAAAAGGGUGGAAGGAUAUAAUACAAAGGAGGAAAGUGGAGCAAUACGUGAUCCUGCUUGUAUCACUGCCUUGAGGGUACCAACUAUUAAACCAAUGGAACUAAUGGUCGAAGCUUCACCAAGAAGAAUAUUCGCUAAUGCACAUACAUACCAUAUAAACAGUAUAAGUGUCAACAGUGAUCAAGAGACGUACCUUAGUGCUGAUGAUCUUAGAAUUAAUCUAUGGCAUCUUGAGAUUACCGAUCAGAGUUUUAACAUAGUAGACAUUAAGCCAGCCAAUAUGGAGGAGCUUACGGAGGUCAUAACAGCGGCAGAAUUUCAUCCUGUUGAGUGUAAUCUAUUGGUUUACAGUAGUAGCAAGGGAACCAUAAGAUUAUGUGAUAUGAGAUCAGCUGCUUUAUGCGAUCGUCAUAGUAAGCUUUUUGAAGAACCAGAAGAUCCAACAAAUAGAAGCUUUUUUUCUGAAAUUAUUUCUAGUAUAAGCGAUAUCAAGUUAAGCAAUUCCGGCCGUUAUAUGAUCAGCAGAGACUACCUCAGUGUCAAAGUGUGGGAUCUUCACAUGGAGACGAAACCUAUAGAGUGUUAUCCUGUACAUGAAUAUUUGAGAUCAAAGUUGUGCUCACUUUAUGAAAAUGACUGCAUUUUUGACAAAUUUGAAUGCUGCUGGAGUGGUAAUGAUUCGGCAAUAAUGACAGGCUCUUACAAUAACUUCUUCCGUGUUUUUGACCGAACAACAAAGCGUGAUUUAACGCUAGAGGCAGCGCGUGACAUAGCUAAACCAAAAACGCUCUUGAAGCCACGCAAAGUAUGUACAGGAGGUAAACGAAAGAAGGAUGAAAUAAGUGUCGAUUGUUUAGACUUUAAUAAAAAAAUAUUGCACACUGCAUGGCACCCAUCGGAAAAUGUAGUUGCAGUUGCAGCUACAAAUAAUCUCUUCCUAUUUCAAGACAAACUCUAGCACAUUUGUGUGCAGAUUAUUCAACGCUAUAUACUAACGUGAAUUUUGAGUACGGCCUUAAAUUAAGGCGUGCGAAUAUGUCCGGCUGUUCGUGGAAAGACGAUAGUCACAAUCGACUGAUUCGAGAGGGAGUACAUGUAACAUCCAUAGAAGUACACGUGCACAGCUUGUAUAGAAGUAAAAAUCACAGACAGAUAUGCAAAUGCAUGUAAAACAAAAAUGGAAAGCUAAAAAGAGAAACGUAUCACACUUGAUCGUGUCGUUAAAUUAUGUGCAUCAUCGGAAAUACUAAGAAAUCAAAAUAAAAAUAUAAGUGAAUACAAUUGGAUUUGAUAGUGUGCGUGCGCUAACGUCGAAGUUAUGAUGCCCCAAGUCUUGAAGUUAAGUAUUCAUUGAUUUUCUUUUAGCCUUACCUAUUGAAAUUCAGUGAAUAAACCGGGAACCGCCGUAUAUACGUCUAGCCACGACGUGAUAGCUAAUUAAUUUAAUCUUUCAUCAUACGUAAUAUAUAAUUUUUUAUUAUAUUCUCCUCAUUCAUUAAGUAUCACCAUUCAUUUACACCACACCAAGGGCAUUUUACGACGCUCAGUUGUCGAAAACUUACUGUCUUCUAAGAAGUUAACGAUUAAUCUAUUAGUGAAUCAUCAACUUUCUAUUGUCAUCAAAUAGUCAACAUAAAGAUCAAUUGUAAAAUUAAAUUUUAUACUUUCUAGGCCUAAAUCUCUACUUUUAUUUUAUUUUUUUAUUAUCAAUCAAUUGAUACAUCAUCCAUAAUCGAAUAUGGCCAAUGAACAGUGUGUGUGGUGUUUUCUCUGUAAUUUACAAAAAACAAAGUUACUGAAGGUAAUAAUGCAAGAGUAUUAAUUUAAUUGAAAGAAAAGAAAUUAUUUUCUAAAACGAAAGUUUAAAAAAAAAUGUAAUACAUUGUAAAAAAGUUAUUUUAAACAGCAUAAUGAAUUUUCCAUACAUUUUGUCUUAAUCUUAUACUGUAUGUUGUUCUAAAAAAAAAUCAAUAUGUAAAUUAAGUUCUUUAUUUUAUUUUUUACUGGAUCAUGGCGUAGCAAACUAUUUUGAUACCUGCAUUAUCUCAGCAAUAACUAUCGAUUUUCAAACACCAAGUGACUUACGAGCUGAGUUAUAACAUAGUAUAAAUACAAAAAUCAUAGAAAACGAAUAAAUAGGACAGAAUCAAUUUAUUUCAUCGAAAAGUUGUCUACUUUAAGCGUGAGCUGUAAUUUUCUAUCGCAAGAACAAUACAUAUAUAUAUAAUAUAUAUUAUAAAUACAUCUAUCGAUAAUAAUGCAUAUUCAUCACCUACAUAACUUUGUAAAACUCUUUUCCAUGAUCUGGUUAACAAUGCACUCAAUGAAUUUUUGAUCAAUCUUUCUCACUCCAUGAUCUAAUCAUGUAUGAAUUCGUGUGUAAAGUGUAAACGUAUGAGUGAUAUAACAGAGUAUAAUUGAUGAAAUUAAAUAAUGAGAGAUUGAAGAUUAGUCCGUUUGCUUUUGAAAUUAAUUAACAUGAAUAUAAUACAAUGACAAAUCCGCUAGCAAUAUCGAGGCGGAAGGUAAGUUUAACUAAAAAAGCAAAAUAAAUGAGCUUUCGUUCUCUCGAUUAAUUCAUGUACCUGUAGCUGAUCGAAGUGAGCCAGUUAAUGUUCAGUGGAGCAUCUAUUGUUUGUUUUGUCUGAUAGUCGAGAAAGCUAGAGCGAAAUAGAUACAGAGAGUGUGAGAUGAGAAUGAAAAGGGGAAAGCCAUGAUAUCGGCUUUUAACGGGGUCAGGUUAUCGGUUUUGUUCGAUUUUCUUACGGUUGGAUGAACAAGAAAGCGGAACUUCAUUAUCUCAUAUUUGGCUCAGAGAGCCUGCACCAUUGUGAUAUACAUAAUACAUGUUAUACAAUUAUACAUUAGAUUGAACAAAUCCUAACAGUAUUUUUUCUUAGAACACAAAACACACAUACGAUUCACGCCGUAAGUUAGACGAUUAUUAUGUUAACACAUUGCAUUGAUUAAAUACAGUGUAAAUGUGCUAUUGUAAUAGUUUAAAUGGUAAGAUAAUUUGUUGCACCAGUGCAAGACGCAGGGGCAUGAUAAAAAGACACUAAUUUGUACAAGGCUUUGUAAUAAAAUAAUGAUGGAGCGAA